AGCAGCCUUGCACCUCAUGCAUGCAAAAAAAGUAACAAAAAACCAACAAGGGUGCAUGCCGUCACCCGUCUCCUCAGACUCAGAGCUGUGUCUCCCUCCCCUCCCUCCUGCAGACUGCCUGUCUGGGAUCUGUCCUCACUGAAGGACACUUUCACUGUCUAGCUUUAUAAGGACGCUUUAAUGAUGCGAGACCGCCGCCUGUCGUAGUGUGAUCAGCGGGAGGAGACAGAUUGCCUCAGAGAGAGAGAGAGAUGCCAUCGAGGAUGUUUGAGUGAGAGUGGUGCCGCUGCCUGCCGGAGAGCUGUCAUUUUGGUUAUUUUUAACCCUCUAUUUUCUUUUUUUUCGCUGUGUUCCUCAGAGACUUGAGCACCUAUCGGAUGGUGGACUGAUCAGCUGAAUGUCAGCUGCUUGUGGAGCAUGGGUACAACUGCCAGUGCCGCGCCACAGCCUGUUUCCGUAGCGUCGCCACUUGAGAGUGUCCAUGGCAACGGGAUGGCCGACAGCAGGCAGUCUCUUAGCAUGAGCCCCUUUCAGACAGUCAACAUCCACAACAACAAGGCCAAGUCCAUUAUCACCAACAAAGUCGCACCUGUCGUCAUCACGUAUAACUGCAGACAGGAAUUUCAGAUUCACGAUGACAUCCUCAAGACCAACUACAAAGUGGGUCGGAUAUCAGACGCUAUGCCCGAGCACUACCUAGUGCAGGGGGAGUACUUCAUGGUUCAGGAUGUAUACAGCAAGGCGGACGUCCUCAAUACCACGGGCAGCUAUGGAGCGCCCAACUUCCGCCAAGUCAAGGGAUCCUACCCGCUGUUUGGGAUGGGUCAGCCGAGCCUGAACGGCUUCAAACAAGUUCUUCAGAGGCUCCAGGCACAAGGACACGAGGAGGUUAUAUUCUUCUGUGUAAGAGAGGAGCCGGUGGUUUUCCUGCACAAGGACGACAAUUUUGUGCCAUACACCCCCAGGAGGAAGGAAAACCUACACGAGAACCUUCAUGGCCUGGAAAAGGAGGAGCUGGUGGAGAGCCUGGAGCUCACUAUCAGGAAGGAGCUCCACGACUUUGCCAAGCUGAAUGAAAACGUCUUCUACGUCUACAACGACAUCGAGUACUUCAAAGAUGAGCCGCAGAAGAUCUCCAUCACGUGUGAGGAGGACAUCCAUGUGACUGAGGAGGUCUACAAGAGGCCGAUGUUCACCAUGCCGGCCUACAGGUACUACAGAUUACCAGUGCCGAUGGAGGGAGCGCCAUUGGAAGAAGACUUUGACGCAUUUGUUAACAUACUCAGGGAGAGCCCUAGCUUGUCUCUGGGCCAUGAUGCGUCCCAGCCACUUCCUGCUCUGCUCUUUAGCUGUCAGGUUGGAGUCGGCCGCACCAACCUCGCCAUGAUCCUGGGAACACUUGUCAUGAACCGCCUGAAGGGUGAUUCACAACCACAAGUUGAGGAGACAGCAGCUUCAGAGCCCAAACCACUGUUCCAAGUCAUCCAGUCUCUGAUCAACAAGCUGCCUAAUGGACAGCAGGUCAUGGAAGAGGUUGACCAGGCCAUCACCCUGUGUUCAGAAAUGCACAACUUAAAAGAAGCAAUAUAUGAGAACAAAAGCAAGCUGGAAGGGAUCGGAGAAGAUUAUCAAAUUCAGGGAAGCAGUACCAAAGACUACUUUCUCAACAGAACCAUGCAGAGCUUGGAGUGCUACUUCUACUUGAUUGUAUUUAAUGCAUACCUUCAUGAACAGUAUCCUCUUGCCUUUGUGUCCAACUUCAGCCAAUGGAUGUGCUGCCACGCGUGGUUGUACAGGUUACUGGCUCGCAUGAAUUUAUCAGAGCUGUCGGCUCCGGCUGAGCUGGUCACCAGAGGAGCUCGCGUCUUGGUUGCCGAUGAGUGUUUGGCUCCUGAUGUGCUCAGCACGGUGAAGGAGAUGAAGGCGGUCAACUUCAGACGAGUGCCCAAGAUGCCUGUUUAUGGAGUGGCUCAGCCGACAUCAGAGGCUACCGGAGCUGUUUUAGCUCAUCUGACGGAUGAAAAACGGAAGCACAGCCACAUAUUGUGGGUCAACUUGCAGGAGGAGCUGGUGCUGGAAGCGAACGGCCAGAUAUUUACACCAAGGGAGCCGUCGUGCCUCGACCAGCACAUUCCCAUCCCCUCGUCUGACCCACAGCUAAUAGAGAAACUGGAGACGUCUCUGAAGGAGGAGAUCCUGGGAGCUCAGAAGUGGCUCGAGGUGACGCUGGAGCAGGAGAAACAGAUGAAGAUGUUUAAAAGCUGCCUGACGGUCCAGGAGAUCUUCAACCAGCACAAAAGCUCCCACCAGGGCCUCGUUAGCAAACGCAUCCCCCUGCCGGACUGCAGCGCGCCCAGGGAGGAGGAUUUUGAUAAGCUGUUGGAGGCCAUGAAGAGUGCCUUGGCUGAGGACUCUCACUCAGCCUUCGUCUUCAACUGCUCCAAUGGCAAAGGCAGGACCACGACAGCCAUGGUCAUCUCUGUUCUGACUCUCUGGCACUUUAAUGGUUUUCCAGAGUUUUGUGAUGAUGAGAUUGUGAGUGUUCCUGACGCCAAGUACACAAAAGGAGAAUUUGAGGUCGUGAUGCAGCUGGUGCGUCUGCUCCCCGACGGCCACAGGAUGAAGAGGGAGGUGGACAUGGCCCUGGACUCUGUCAGCGAGACCAUGACCCCCAUGCACUACCACCUGCGAGAGAUCAUCAUCUGCACGUACAGACAGAUCAAAAGUGGCAAGACGGAGAAGGAGUGCCAGCAGCUGCUGCUGAGGAGCCUGCAGUACUUGGAGCGCUACAUUUACCUCAUCCUCUUUAACACAUACCUGCAUCUAGAGAAGAAAGAGUCGUGGCAGCGCUCCUUCACGCUCUGGAUGGAACAGGUGGCUGCCAGAGCCGGAGUUUAUGACAUCCUCAACCAGCUGGGCUUCUCCGAGUUCGAAAACCCGAGGGACACGCCACUGGCCCGGCUGCGCUGCCGCUGGCAACAGCAAAACAUUCAGUCACUUCCUUUCCGAGGGGAGUUCAUCUGAGAGAGGAUCACUGUGAACGCACCAAAACAGUACUGUGUUUUUCAGAAUAAAAGACAUUAACAUUAUUAUGCCCUCUAUAUUUACCCCUGUAUUAUGCAUAGCUCCACUUCAUCUAUUGUUUGUGUUACUGCUUUUCAAACACACUAGCAAUGCUAACAUUUUUUUAGGUGUUUCAGUGUUAGAAAAAACAUUGCUCCUAUAGUAGAAGUUGAUAUUUGUGCCUUUGCCCUUUUUUAUGAAUGGUAGAACAUAGAAUUGUAAUGUACUAAUAUUUAUGUUGCUUUUUUUCCAAAUUAAGUUUUCUUUUUGAAAAGUUCUUACUUUUUUAAAUGAGACGGCCUUUUAAAGCUUCUGUUGGAACAAGACGAGUUAAAUGCUGUUAUGGAGGAGAGAAGCAAAUUCCACUGUGUGGUCGGCCAAUAAUUUUGGAUGUAUGUCACAACUGUUUGCUGUUGCAGGACCUGAUAUUUUUCUUAAGCCCUGUCCUUUUCUUCUCAGCACAGCUGCCUUCAGUGUCUGUGCGUUUGUUCGACGUGAGGUUUUCGAGAAGGUUCCCUGUGUACUUAAUGAAAGCUGUUGUUAUUUAAACAUGUCUUGUAGUUUUUUAAAGCCAGUCAGAGUGGGUGUUUUGAGGAUUUUUGCGCAAGAUGCUGUCAAUCAGAAUUUCUUUAGCUAACACCAGUAAUGUGGCCAUCUGUUUCUUUUUUUACAUUUAUUAAUAUGUGCCAUGAAAGAGGUACUAAUAGUACAGCAUGUCAGGAUCUUUUAUGCUUGUUUUUACUUUAAAGCUGUAAAUGUGUCUCUGUAUUUGCGUUUGUACACAUUGGAGAAAUGUUGCCCUAAAAUUGCCAUCAUAUACUUUCUGAAUAUAUUUUCUUUAAGUCCCAUGUCCAUAAUAUCACUUCUUUAAUGUGAUGUAAAGAACCAGAGUUUUGGUUUUUUUUGCCUACAUUAUUCACAAUGCAACUCAAUCAUCCAUAGUUCGUCCGGAGAUUUGUGUGUUGUGGUAGUAGUAGUGCGAAUGGCAUCCCUUUAUAACUAUACCAUUUAAUUAAUACAUUAUCAUGUGUGUAUCACUUACUUGCCCUGUGUUACAUUAAAUUCUUGAAGACUUUUUUUCUUGCAUGCCUCCAUGGUGAACCAUGAAUCCAAAAACUGAGAAUAUUCUUGAUGUAUUAAAGUCAUAGGGGUCAGGGUUUAACAGCAGCAAGACUACAUCAAAAAUUCAACAUCAAACUCUCACACUACUUAUGCAGUUUAAUCCAAGUGUCAUUUAUCCAGUCAUGUGCUCAGUGCUUCCCAAACAGACAAACCUUUCCAACAGGGAAGUGAACUAAAAGUGAACGUAAUCAUACUCUCCUCAAAGCCAGACUCCGUUGUCAAAAACAGUAAUUUUACCUUUGCUGAGGAGCUGUUGGUCUACGACUGCCUCCAUUAGUGGUUUGUUUGCGUUAUCGUGUGACUUUGGUUAAUCUGAAUUAACCCUUUAAAUCAUCAAAGUGACAAACACAAACAAACUGUUCGGGGCACCAGUAGACUAGCACCUCCCAUGUUCAGCGAGGUAAAAUUAUAAGUUUUAUCAGUGACAGGGCUUUAAAGAGAGCAGUUUAUUUUUCGUUAAAGUCCCCGUCGAAAAGGACUGUCCAUUGGGAAGUUUUAAGCAAACGACAGGAUAAAUGAGACUUGGAUUAUACUGCAGGAGAUUCGUGAGUUUGUAAAGUGAUGUUUUGAUACAGUUUUGUUGUUAAACACAGACUCUUAUGACUAAACUCAUUGAGAAUUUUCACCUCUUUUGGAUUCACUGGACGCAUGUGAGAAAAACUGUUUUUCUCACUAGUUCAGUGUAACUCAGGUUGAAUAAUUGAUGUACAAAUGGUAAACAUUGGAAAGGGACACAAGAUGAAUGAUUCACUGUUGAGAGCAAUAGAUAAUUGCAUUAUAAGCCAGUCAGGGCAAACACUGCGUCAUUGUUUUAGUUUAACACAUGCCAAUUAUUGUUUAGUGUGCCUACAUUUCCGGAAAAACUUUUACUGUACAGUAUUUCUAUAAAAGUUUGCUGUUUUUUUUUAUUAUUUUGUUAUUCUUUAAUUUGCUAAUAUGUGAUUAGUUGUAACUUGUAGCUCAAAAGUGUGCUUUAAAAAAACAUGAGUCCUGCCUUAAAAACCAGAAAGAUAAGCCAGUAAAUAAAUUAAAAAUCCUUCCUCCAGAUGCCUCUCAUUACUAUUUUUUUGUUCAAAACAUUUGCACUGUAUAUAAUAGAUUCAGACUAAGUGAGCAAAAAGAUUACUAAUGAAAUGGAACAUGAAAUAGCUGUUUUUAUGUUUAAGAAAAUACAAAUACAAAUCUUAGUGUGACAUGAUAACGCAAAAAGCUUCGGGCUGUAACACCAUAAUGUCUUAGCUGUGCUCUUAAUUUAAUGUUUGUUUCAAACAGGCACUGCUGAUAGAGGAAAUGCAUUAGCUUUUAGUCACUGCGUGUGCCAUUUAGUUUCUUUUUGGAGGGCUACAAUAAAUAAUGACAAUAGAUUCAA